AUGAGCACUAUCAAUAAUUUACCCACUCCUAUAACCUAUCAAGGAUUCACAGGAAAAGCAGCUACAGCAAAUGCCCGCGAUACGAUUGCAUACGGCAGAAAGAUUGUGGGGGGUGCCAAAGAACACCUCAACUCCCACGCAACCGUUGUCUUCGUCCCAGCCCUCCUAGCUGCAAAAGCCAUUGAAGAGGCAGUCUCGGCCCAAGUCCCUCUCAUCGUCUCCGUGACCGAACACAUACCCGUCCACGACAUGCUCCACAUUCAACAAAUCCUCCUUACCCAGUCUGGUUCUCGCCUAGUAGGCCCCAAUUGUCCGGGAAUCAUCUCACCUGGCGGCAAAUGCCGUCUCAGAAUUAUGCCAUAUCAGCAAUACAUGCCCGGAAACGUGGGGAUCGUUAGUAAGAGCGGGACACUGAGUUACGGGGCAGUUGGGGCGACGAGCUGUGCGCGGCUGGAACAGAGUCUUGUUGGAAUGGGCGGUGAUGUGUUUGCAGGUACGACGCUGGUGGGUGCGUUAGAACUGUUUUACGGGGAUGAGUGGACGGAGGGAAUUGUAGUUAUUGGGGGGAUUGGAGGGGAGGCGGAGUUGAGGGCUGUGGAGAGUAUUAGGGAGUACUAUCGGUCUUCUAGGAAGCUGAAGCCUAUUGUUGCGAUGGUGACGGGGAAGACGGCGCCGGAGGAACAGGUUAUGGGGCAUGCUGGGCCGGUGCUUAGGCCUGGGGAGAGAGGCGCUGAAGCUAAGGCGACUGCUCUGGCGCAGGCGCGGGCGACGAUUGUGCCGCAUCCGGGAUUGAUUAGGGUGGAGAUGAAGAGGUUUUAUGAUGGAGUGCAAUGA